UCUUCCUUGCUUCUCUUCUCUCUCAACCAUCCCAUUUUGUGGGUCUCUUGGAAGCUUUUGAGAUGGACAAACACAGCAUGACAGAUGUGGCAUUUGUCUGUCUCUUCUUUCUCAUUACUUUCUCAAAUGCAAAGAUGUCAAACAGGAUUGGAAUAAACUACGGGCGGCUAGGGAACAAUUUACCAUCUCCCUAUCAAUCCAUCGAACUCAUAAAAAACAUGAAAGCCGGUCGAGUGAAGAUCUAUGAUGCAGACCCUGAAAUACUCAGACUCUUAUCAGGUUCCAAGCUCCAAGUCUCAAUCAUGGUCACAAAUGAUCAAAUCUCAAACAUUUCUUCAAACCAAGCAAUAGCAGACCAAUGGGUACUCGAAAACGUCCUCGCAUACUAUCCCAACACGAUGAUUCGAUUCAUACUAGUUGGUAAUGAAAUCCUCAGCUAUAAUUCUUCCCAAGAUCGACAAAUAUGGCACCACCUUGUCCCUGCCAUGGAACGAAUCAAGAACUCCCUCGUAGCUCAAAACAUUCGAAACAUUAAAAUCGGGACACCUUUGGCAAUGGACAUAUUGGGAUCGACCUUCCCACCUUCGAGCGGGUCUUUUAGGUCUGACAUAUCACACCAAGUGAUGCUACCAUUGUUACAUUUUUUAAACAGGACUAAUUCUUAUUUUUUCAUCGAUGUUUACCCUUACUUUCCAUGGUCAGCGAAGCCGGUCAACAUGAGCCUCGAUUUUGCCUUAUUUAGAAAUGGUGGAAACCUAACCUACACUGACCCGGUCAGCAAGUUGAAUUACACCAACUUGCUUGACCAAAUGCUAGACUCUAUGAUAUUUGCCAUGGCCAAAUUAGGGUAUCAAAAUGUCAGGUUAGGGAUAGCAGAGACCGGUUGGCCAAAUGGCGGGGACAUUGAUCAAAUAGGUGCAAAUGUGUAUAAUGCAGCCACUUAUAACCGAAAUUUAAUCCGAAAGAUGACAGCUAGACCACCGCUGGGGACACCGGCUAGGCCCGGGGUGGCCAUACCGACAUUCAUAUUUUCACUAUAUAAUGAAAAUCAAAAGAGUGGGCCGGGGACGGAGAGGCAUUGGGGUUUGCUGUAUCCUAAUGGAAGGCCAGUUUACGAGUUGGACCUGAGGCGGAACCAGGUGGAAAGUGGCUCUAGGAGGUUGCCACAGCCAGAAAAUAACACGCCGUACCGGGGAAAGAUAUGGUGUGUGGCUGCAAAGGGAGCGGAUGAAGCAGAGCUAGAGUCGGCAAUAAUGAAUGCAUGCGGAGAGGGCAAUGAAAGGUGCGAGGCGCUUGAUCCGGGGAGAGAGUGUUAUGAACCAGUUUUAGUGACUGCACAUGCAAGUUAUGCAUUUAGUUCAUAUUGGGCUAAGUUUCGGAAUACUAGUGCGAGUUGUUACUUCAAUGGACUUGCCAUUCAAACCACAGUCGAUCCAAGCCAUGGCUCUUGCAAGUUCCCGAGUGUGUCGCUUUGAAGAUAAAUUGCAGUGGAUGCAGAGGAGAUGACCCAUUGAAUAUCAUCUAUUUUUAUUCCUUAGUGGCUAAAGUGACGCAUCUACUUUCGAAGGAACAAAAAGAAAAGCAAUGACUGGAGUCGGAGAGAUUCAGUUUUUAGGAGAGAUUAAUGUAUUGUUUGCCUCAAGAUUUUCAGCAAUUCAUUUGGAGUACUAAUCAAUUCAAAAGAUUAAUUACAUAGUUCUUUUCUUUUUGCCCAU